CAACCACCAGUUCCAACAUAAUUAAAAAAAGGGCGUCAAGGCGAACAAAUAGUGUUUCGAUAGAGUAGUUUCUGUGAAAUGUGCAACUAACAGUAUUUUGAACGAAGACGAAAACGCUAAAAUUUAAUUGUAAUGUUCUCAUCUUUUUGAAAAUUAAGUAAAGAUGACAUACGUCACAUAAUGUAGUAUCGUGUCGAAUAGGAAAAAGUUGCUAGUCGCGAUGUUAAGGAGGCGGAAUGGGUGAUGGUUGAUUUAUAUUCUGGUUUAAAUGUGAAUAGUUGUAGGUCAGAUAGCAAUAUUGGCGGUAGAGUAGGUGUUUCGGUAUGUGGCACAGUCAGGCCGUGUUAUGAAUAAGGAAUCAUUGUUGGCUCGAGCUGCCGAGGAGCGGGAGCGUAUCUUUCAACGGUACGAAAGGGGUCGGGAGAAUCUCGCCGGACAGAUAGACCCUUGGGAGGAUCCAGAAUAUGAGACAUACCAUAAAACUGACAGAUAUGGAUUUAUCCACGACGAGCGGUUGCUUCAAAAAACGGCGCCGCAAAAAAUUAACAUCGAAGUCGAAAGAGAAAAGAAAUGGCUCAAAAUGUUAAAAAACUGGGACUCUCCAGCUACCAAAGAAAAACUACACAAGCGUACAUACAAAGGCCUACCACUCUCAUUACGACCGCGAAUAUGGUGCAAACUACUUGACAUCAAUCGAAUAAAAGCAGAGAAACUUGGUAAAUAUCAGGAAAUGUUGAAGCUAGCUAAACUAUGGUCUACGGAAGUCAGGCAGAUAGACUCUGAUGUAAACCGUCAAUUUAGAGAACACCAGUUCUACAGAGAGAGAUAUUCAGAAAAGCAAUGCUCGCUGUUCAACGUACUGUGCGCGUACAGCAUGUACAACUCGGAGGUGGGGUACUGCCAGGGCAUGUCGGGGCUGGCCGGCGUGCUGCUCAUGUACAUGGACGAGGAGGACGCCUUCUGGGCGCUCGCCAUCCUGCUGUCCGACGCCAGGUACAACAUGCACGGAUUGUAUAUCGAAGGAUUUCCCAAGUUGACGCGGUUUUUAGGCCAUCAUGAUAAGAUACUCACAAAGUUUAUGCCCAAGUUAAAACAGCAUUUUGAUAAGUAUGGGUUGGAUGCAAUACUAUAUUCACUCAAGUGGUUCUUUGUAUGUUUUGUGGAGCGUGUGCCCUUCAGUUUGUGUUUGCGAGUGUGGGAUAUAUAUCUUCUCGACGGCGAGAGAGUGGUUACUGCCAUGGCGUAUACGAUACUCAAGCUUCAUAAAAAAGCUAUAAUGAAAUUGAAUGAUAUGGAUCUUAUUGUUAAUUAUAUUCAGGUAAAACUACAUAAAGACUUUGGUUUCGAGGAUGAUAUUGUGAUAGUAAAUCUAGAACGUUCGAUGGAGGAGCUCCGGCGAGCCAAGCUGGACUACCCGGGUCCGCCGCCGCCCAGCGAGCUGCCGCAGCGGCGGCUCGGCGUGUUCGUGGAGCCCGACGACAAGUCCAAGAUCGGGCAGCGCGCCGACACGUUCUCCGAUACCGAGAAACAAGCCAGAGCCACUGUGAUAUUAAGACGCGAGAAAGCCGCACUGGAGCUGCAGGACCUCCGCGUGUCCCAAAGCGACACCGUGUCAGAGCACAGCGGCGUGGCGGGCGGCGCGCGCUGCGACGACUCUGUGUCGGCGCUGGGGUCGCGGCGCUCGCUGGCCGACACGUCGGUGACCAGUACGGCGGACCUGAGCGUGUUCUCGAGCGGCCGCUCGCACGCGCCCGACAACUCGCUCGACACGCACAGCAACGCCAGCGACGACGGCACUGGGUCAGAUGGGUCCGGUAUUUGCGGGCUGAGCAUCCAGCGGGCGCCCUCGACGGCGCACUCGACGCCGCGCGCCACGCCGCACCCGCCCUCCACGUCCCCGCUGUCGGACGACGUCGUGCGUAUACACGUCACGUACAACCCACUCGCGGCUAGCCCGUCCCACCUUCACCCGAUCUCACCCUCCAAGUACAAACCGUACUCCGAAGAACACCACAAACCGGUCUCGCUCGGCUUCUAUGCGAGCAACGGAGCCGGCAAUAUGCCAUCCGAUAACAGAAUCAGGAUACAAGUGCCGUCCGAAGAGCUUUUGACACCUGUCGUCGACUCCGGAAGGAUUAUAACGCAACGGUACAUAAAUACACAUUCUGACUUGUACGAUUUAAAGUAAGCCAUUAGUGUUUAGGUAAUAUUGAUCUAAACUUAGGUUUUUUUGGAGAGGAAUGAUCAAUCAACGCAAUAUAAUAUAGUAAAUUAGAAUCUCUUCCGAUCCCUGAAUCUGAUCUAUGUAAAGUAUUAAAUUUUGUCAUUGUGUGUAAUUUCGUUGAGGCCGAAUGUUUAUGAAAGUAAAA